AGGGUUAGGGCUCAUGUCGAAGAACACGGCGAUGCUGGUGAGCCCCGGGACGCCUGCAGGUGCGGCGGGAGCUCCUCAAGCCGCGCGGACAGUGUUGAUCACUGGCGUGACGAGAGGACUCGGGCGAGCUCUGGCGCUGGAGAUUGCUUCCAGGGGUCACACGAUUAUAGGGUGUGGGCGUGACGAGGAGAAGCUCACCUCUUUGCAGAAUCAACUGGGCGAUAGCAAGCACAUUCUUAGAGCUGUGGACGUUGCUUCAGAUAGCAACGUUCAGGAGUUUGCUAGAGCUGUGAUCGAGCUCAAAGGAGCUCCCGAUAUUCUUGUUAAUAAUGCAGGUGUGAUCAACAGCAAUGGGAAACUGUGGGAGGUUGCCAGGGAAGAAUUUGACAACGUCAUCGAUGUCAAUAUCAAAGGUCCUGCGAAUUGCCUCCGCCAUUUCGUGCCUCACAUGAUGUCCAAGAAGCAAGGAGUGAUUGUAAACUUCUCAUCUGGAUGGGGUCGAUCAGCAGCUGCCGAGGUAUCUCCAUACUGUGCUUCAAAGUGGGCGAUGGAAGGACUUACUCGCUCGCUGGCUAAAGAGCUACCUCCUGGAAUAGCAGCUGUGGCUCUUAAUCCAGGAGUGAUCUGCACAGACAUGCUAACGACAUGUUUUGGAACUUCGGCAGCGAUGUACCAGACCCCGGAAACAUGGGCUCCCGCUGCUGCGACGCUUAUACUCGCAUUGACAGCAGCGGACAACGGAUCAUCUCUCAACGUGACAUGAAACCGAGCGUUCUUGAGUAUAUGAUUUUUUUUGUUCUUCCUUUUUACGUCCGAUACAUGGAGCUUUAGUUCCUGAUACUUUUGCAAUGAUGUUUUAUAGAGGUUUCCUC